AAACAUCGUUCAAUAUCAAUAUGGCCUUUCGGUGCUUCGAACGUCGAUAUCGCUAAUUUUGAUCGUUUUCUUAUGUUUUAUAUAAAAUUUAUCUUGUUUCAAAAUGGGUGAGAAGGACGGUCCCAUCUUAUACGUAUUGGUAAUCGGUUUUCAUCAUAAAAGAGGAUGUCAGGUGGAAUAUUCAUUCCCUGAGCUAGUUCCGGGACAUCCUAACGAGUGUCCUCCAGGAUGGAAAUAUCUACCGACACUGGCAUUACCUGAUGGGUCUCAUAAUUACGACGAAGAUACCGUAUUUUUUCAUUUACCAAGUUUAACAAAACCAAUGCAAACUGUGUAUGGUAUUUCUUGUUUUCGUCAGAUACCAGUUGAGAAAAUCAAAAAUAAAACUUCAGAUAUAACAAGAGGUACAGUGCAAAAAUCAGUUUGUGUACUUAGCAAAGUUCCUUUAUAUGGACAAAUACAAGUCAAAAUGUGUUUGAUCACACAUGCUUAUUUUGAUGAAGGAGACUUCAGUCAAGUGUCUAUCUUGAAAGAUACUUAUCAUCAUUUGAAUGCUGUUAUGACACAAAGUGAUGCUAUUCAGCAACCAUUUGUAGGAUUAUCUGCACGUGAUUUUAUACUACAGUGGAAGCACAAAGCCCUGUUGUUAUUUAAACUGCUACUUCUAGAGAAAAGAGUAAUUUUCUACAAAUCACCAGUGCAUCCAUUAUGUUCCUCAAUAUUAACUUUAAUAUCCCUUUUUCCGGACAUGAUAGAGACCGGAUUAAAUAAUUCAGCAUGUAUAAGGUUAUCAAGACCUAUGUCGCCCAUGCCGGAAUAUUCCGACGAAGAUUCCAGUCCUGUCAAACUAAACAAUAUUAAAAAUAUUCCUUGUCUGAAAGGUAGUAGAAUAAAAGAGGAAACUGAUGUUAUACAAAAUGUUGAUAUAGCCAAAGAAUCAAAAAUUGUUCAAGAUAUAGAGAAAAACGAAAAGACAAACGAUGUGGUAAACUCCAACGGUAAUCAAAUUGAUGAUAAUUUGGUUAAUGAUAAUCAAACUGAAGUUGGCUUGGAAUUAACAGAAUCGAUGAGUCAAACAAAGGUAUGUUUAGAUGACGAAAACGAAACUACAAAUGGACACGAUGGAAAAACCGGCACUCUUCAUAGGGAUAUAAGUUCGGAUACAAUAUCUGAUGUAGCACAUAAUAAUUUAACAUAUUUAACGCACCUCAGCACGGAAAGUUGUGGAUUUCCAUUAGCUAUUUUUACUAAAGGAGCUCUGUGCUUGCCAUAUUUAUCCUUGCCGUAUCUGGAUCUUCUUGUCGACGUCAACGUACGGAGUUACGUAGUAGGAGCAACUAACGUUUUGUUUAAGCAGAAAAGGCAGCUAUACGAUAUACUGGUAGAUAUAGAUGGGAAUAGGAUCGAAUGCCAGGAUUUGAAUUUAAGAAAAUAUUUACAUCUGACCACCGAGGAUCUCAGGUUCGCCGACUACAUUGUGAAACAUGUAUCGGAAGAACGCCACGACGUCUUUCUGGAUGGUGUUGGCUGGGAGGGUGGAGAUGAAUGGAUAAGGACACAGUUUAGGGUGUAUUUGCUGUGUUUGUUAAGGACGUCCAUGUUGCAAGAUGGUUCUCGAGAGAUUGAUCAUUUUAAUUCAAGUUUUAUAACUGCAUGGAGAGAUUCGCACAAUUAUAAAAUUUGGUUGAGUGGAAUCAAUCCAGGGAUAUUAGACGUUCACCCCGGCCACCCGUUUGCCGGACAACUGUCAGUUGCAGAUAUGAAGCUAAGAUUUUCACAUACGAUGCAGAAUACCGAAAGUGGUAGGAAAUUGAAUCAAGCGAUGGCAUCUACUGGAAAAGCCGUGGUGACAACAGGUAAAGCUGUAGGCGGAGCUCUCUCUCACGCCAAAGGCGCCUUAUCAUCGUGGUGGAGUAAUUUUAUGGUAAAUCCCGAUCAGGGACAAAAAGCACUAGAAAACCAGAGCCAGGAAGAAUCCGCAGACACAAACAAUUUGACUGAUAGCUUAACGAACAUUCCUUCAAGUAUUAAUAGUGAUAAGGAGAACAAUAAAAUCGAAACUAAUCAAACAGAAGUUAACAAUUCCGAAAUAGAGUCAGAUAUUAAAAAUGUUAGUAAUGGCAGUGUAAUAUGUAACGAAAAAAGUAGAAUAAAUCACGAAAUGGAGGAUAAUCAUAUCCCAGGUGAAGUACAUACAGUUUAGAGCGUUUUUUCAACCAUAUGAAUCUUCCUAAUUUACAACUUCAGAUAAGACUAAUCAGUUUCACAAAUAAUUGAUCAAAAUUGUAACGCUUCGAAUUAUUUGUGGAUUACAAAUUUUAUAUAUCUGAAUUUGAAGGUAUAAUUAUCUUCAUAUGGUUGUAACUAUACAGUGGUGGUAAUUUAUUAGCCUUCUUUUUAAUAAACAAUAAUAGUUUGGUUCUGAGUUCAUAAUUCACGAUUAAUUUUGCUAACACUUGG